AUGACGGCUGGGCCCCUGACCAAUCCCAAGUUGCCUCGAAUUCUCGGCUCUAGCAAGUUCGAAGGGACUGUCUUUCACACGGCUAGAUGGGAUUACGAGGCUACCGGAGGGUCCCCAGAAGACGCAACAUUGAGUAACCUGGGUGACAAAAAGGUGGCCAUCAUCGGCACUGGCGCCGCUUGCAUCCAAGUCGCCCCCCAUCUUGCCAAAUGGGCCAAGGAGCUGUAUGUGUUCCAGCGUACUCCCUCCGCCGUCGACGUUCGCGGUCAGCAGAAGGUUGAUGCCGAGCAGUUUCGUGCCGAGGUGAGCAACAAAAAAGGCUGGCAAAAAUGUCGUCGUGAGAACAUGGCCAUGUUUGUCGAGGGCUGCAGGCCCGAUGAAGACCUUGUCCAAGAUGCCUGGGCCACGUUUCCUUCGUAUGCUGCCCUCAUCGGCGGUCCCGCCACGGCCGGGCUGACCAAGGAAACACUCCCCGCGUAUGUUUCUCAGCUGCAUAAAGUCGAUCUUCCUCGCCAAGAGAGAAUACGCAAGCGACCCAACGUGACUCUUGUGGACACUCAAGGCCGAGGUGUUGAGUCGAUAACUAAGUCCGGCCUUGUGUUUGAUGGCAAAGAAUACCCAGUGGAUAUCUUGAUCUAUGGUACUGGAUUCGAGCCCCUGACUGCUGGAGGGCCUUCUCUCCGCGCAGGCAUGAAGUUCCACGGUCGACACGGCAUGGAAAUGGAGGAAAAGUGGUCAAACAAGCUGGCCACACUGUACGGGCUGAUGAGUCGUGACUUUCCCAAUCUCUUCCUUUCUGGUGUUUAUCAGAUGGGCGCCACGGUCAACUACGCGCACAUGGUCGAUGUGAUGGCAACGCAUAUGGCCAGUGCCAUCAAGAAGGCACGGCAGAAGCUUGCUUCCUGCGAUGGUGGGGCACAACAGAAGUUGGUCGUUGAGCCGACUGCAGAAGGUGAAGAGGCCUGGACGCAGAGAGUCCUAGAGACAGCUUCCGGCUUCGGGUGCAUUGAGGGCUGCACGCCAAGCUAUGGUACGGGGGAGGGCAAAAGGGCCAAGUCCAAGGCAGAGGAGGCCAGCGUUGCGCGUGCAGGAAACUGGGGCGAAGGCUUCCUUGAUUAUGCUAGUAUAGUGGAGGAUUGGGAUACGAAGGGUGACCUAGAAGGACUGGAGAUUCGCGCUGUUGCUUAA